CCCCACUUUAAAGUCGGGACAAGACGAAAUCAAAGAAUUAGGAUGGAACGAAAAUCCAAGAGAUUCCAUGUGGCAGUACGUUAGAUUAUACAUGUUUGCAAAUAAGGGCGUAGAAAUACACAGCGCUCAUUCCUAUAAAGCCUUACAACAUCCGACAACUCGUAGACAUACUUUUCUAUGUUCAUCAUCCCUCCAAACUACCUAACACAUUGACCUGACAAAUACUUCUACACAGAGGCCACCACUACUUGUUAUUUCCAUACCGCAACCAUGUCUAAAGUCGUAGACCUCGGAACACUUAUCAACCUUGCUAACGUUGGUGUCCAGCCGCCUAAAACCUAUGAAGGCAUCAAUAAUGCCGCACAACGCGCAACAAUGUCCGACGACGAAGUCGCUCGGAGGGCCGUCGAGGAUUCUAAAAUAGUUCCCUCCGUGUGGUUUGUCAAUUUUCCCACCGUGUUAGCUCAACAGCAACAACACCUGUUAAGACAGUAUGAGCAAAGCAUCAUGGACUACCGUUCCUGGGCAAGUCUCGUUUGGUGGCGUACCGUCUUCAGUGCCCCGGAAGUUCCACAGGAUGCUAGCCAGGAGUCAAUUACCAUCCGUAGUGCAUACUGUGCCAGAGUUGCUACACAGCACAUGAAGACCACCCCAUGGCUUGCAAUGAACGUCGAUCAGAAUCAGUCUCAGACUAUCGAAUGCAGGGUCGAGGACUUUCACAAGGAGCUGAUCAGCGCCGUCCUUGCAGGAUUCGUUGCAAUUCCAGCAGUCAUUGAACCCCUUGAACAGAUCUUGCAGUCUUUGACACGCACGAUCUCACAGACUAGUAGCAGCUCUCAAAACAAGACAAUCGUACUUGAGCGUUACGAGUACAUGUCUCUGACCAACGAAAUCAGAUCAUAUGUUCGACUGGUUUCCUUCGCCGUGACUGAGGACAUGAGAAAUGUCCAGAAUGCUAAGCAAACGGAGGCUCGGGUCAGGUGUACAAUCGACUACAAUGACUACGAAGCAAACUUCAAUCAAAGGUUGUGGAAUAAUGUAGCGGCGACAAUUGAGGCGCAGCAGAUAGCGGCCGCGCUUGACUUCGUCAACCAACAAACUAUAGACUGCCCUCCUUAAACGGGAGUUGUCAAUCCAGAACAAAGUCUUCUGAGGUAUUGGGUAGUCACGUGGUAUAAACGUCCACGUGAUACCCUGAUGGGAAGUGCGUUUACAUUGAGAAUUUGGAAUUCGCCGUUCGUUACAUUGGGAAUUGGGAUUUGGGAUUUGGGA